UAGAGAGUGUGUACUUUAAGGAACUGAUAUACACAUUCUAUUCAAGAUGGCGGCGAAGGAAGAAAUAAGCACAGCACAACUUUUUGCUGAAGUUUUGAAGUCUUUUAAAGAUGGGGAUUAUUCACUGGCACAAAAAAGUGCAAAUAAAAUUUUGAAGCUACUACCUAAUGAUGUUGAUGCACUAAAAUGUAAAAUUGUAUGCCUGAUCCAACAGUCAUGCUUUCAAGAAGCUCAUGAUGUUAUCACCUCAAAUGAAAAGAAAGGGUUGUUGCAAAUGACGUUUGAAAAGGCAUACUGCUUAUAUCGCUUAAAUCGAUUACAUGAAGCAGCAAAGAUAUUAAAUGGUCUAGAGAAUCCAGGCUUGAAGGAAAAUGAAUUGCUAGCUCAAGUGAAUUAUCGGUUGGAAGAUUACAGUAGUUGCUUAGAGUUAUACAGAAGUUUGAUAAAGAACUCUGCUGAUGAUUAUGGAGACGAACGGGAAGCAAACAUGGCUGCAGUUAUUGCUGCAGCAAAAAUGUGGAAAAAAGAAAAUAUUGGCAGUUCAAAUAUCAGAACUGACACAUAUGAAUUAUGUUACAACUAUGCGUGUUUACUUAUUGCACAAGGAAAUCUUGAAAAAGCUGAAACAGUACUUAAAGAGGCAGAAGGUUUUUGUCGCCAGAGCUUGGAGGCAGACGAAGAUACAACUGAGGAGGAUGUUGAGGAAGAGCUUGGUGUUAUCAGAGCACAACUUGCUUACAUUCGUCAACUGCAAGGAAAGACGAACGAUGCUGUGACACUUUAUAAUCAAGUUUUAAAGUCGAAACCUCCUGACAUUGCUCUUGUUGCUGUUAUCUCUAAUAACAUUAUAUCUAUUAACAAGGACCGAGAUUUGUUUGAUUCAAAAAAGAGACUCAAAUCUAUCUGUGUUGAUGGUUUACCACACAAAUUGACAUCAGUGCAGCAACAAGCAGUUGAAAUAAACAAAUGCUUGUUAUAUAUGUACACAAACCAAAUGGAAAAAUGUAAAAAGUGCUUAUCAAAUUUAAAGCAAACAGCAUCAGACAAAAACAAGACAGCUUUACUUGAAGCAGCUGUACAGUUGAGAGACAAACAUGAAGAACAAGCAUUGAGUCACCUGGAGGGCUUGAUAUCAUCAGGUAUCAAUUCGAACGAUGUUGUGCUGACUUUGUGUCAAUUACAUAUGUCUAAAGGAAAGCAUGAAAAGGCGUUGGACACACUAAAAAGACUUGAUGAUACGGUCAAAUACAAACCCGCUAUAGUUUCAUUGCGUGUUAGCUUAUAUAACAUUUUGGGAAAUCAAAGUGAAGCAUUAGCCUGUCUAGAGGAAGCAGUUGAAUAUGGACGAAAAAAUCCAAACAAAGUGCAAAAAGAACACGUCGUAACCUUCAUGAGGGAAAAUUCGAACCUUAAACUGACUACUGGUGACAUGGAAUCUGCAGUUAAAAUGUUAGAGAUGCUUAGGAAAGAGGAUCCCACAGAAAUCACUACACUUGCAAAGAUAGUUGCAGCUUACUCGAAGUUUGAUUUACAGAAAGCUGAAGAACAUAGUGUCGAUCUUCCAGAGUUAUCCACUGCGCUAGAAGAAAAGGAACUCGAUCUCGAUGUAUUGGAAAUGACUGAAAUGAUAGGCAGUUUCAGAUUCUCGAAAAAAACACUAAAACAAUCUUUAGAGGAGGGGGAGUCGAAGGAUGAUGUCAUCAUUAAACAAAAGAAAAGAAAAAGAAAGAAGGGUAAAUUGCCCAAGAACUACAACCCUGAUGUUGACCCUGAUCCAGAACGCUGGCUUCCACGUUGGGAGCGUUCAACGUUCAAACAUAAAAAAGCGAAAAGAGGAACAAAUACAAUAGGGAAAGGCACCCAAGGAAGUGUCGCUUCAGAACAACAAGCUUCGCCAAAGCCCAACUCAGUGUCAUCACCUAAGCCUGGCAUUACAAGCACAUCUCCUCACAAUAGUCCAGGUGGAGCCAACGUGGUGCCUCCCCGCCAACAAAAACCUGGUGCAAAAUCGAAAUCAAAGAAGAAGAAAAAGGGUGGAUGGUAGCAUGUUUUUAUCAUUUAAAAUAUGUUUUGAUGUAGUGAAUAAAAUUGUGAAAGAAAUACAACAAAAACCUAGUGGUUUAUUAUUAA